CCGUAGCGGGAGUCGGGAAACAACACAGACCCCGCACCAACUUUGGCACGGCCCAACCCAAGGCCGCCGAAGCUCCCGUUCUCUUCCCCCCCCACCCAAAUCGAUCGCCAUCCGCCGUUGUCUGCCGGCCUCUAAACCCUACAUCCUCCUUGCGGUGCUGCCACCCCCCUCUCCGAGUUUCGGCUGCUCGCUCGUGUUCCCCGAUCGGGUUCCUCCGUGGUCGCUCAGCAAUGGAGGAGAUGAGGGAUAUGGCACAAUCAACCCUGGCGGUGGCGUCCGCGGCCGUGAUCUCAUUGGUGCUCGGCGACGACAACCUCCUCGGCGAGAUCCUCCUCCGCCUAGGGUUCGCCACCGACCUCGUCCGCGCCGCCGCCGUCUGUAGGCGUUGGCUCCGCGCCGCGUCCGACCCCGUCUUCCUCCGCCGCUUCCGCGACCUCCACCCGCCCCGCCUCCACGGAUUCUACAUCGACAGCUAUCCGAAUCCGACCCUAAAACGGAGGUUUUACGCUGAAUUUGUGCCGAUGCAGCCUCAGCCCCCAGAGCUCGCCGCCGUCCUCCGCCGGGGGCGCUUCAGCUUGGACACCUACGACAGCCAAUCCACGCGCGUCCUGGACUGCCGGAACGGCAGAGUCAUCGUCAGCUUGUUUUGCGGCGGAGACUUCAAACGCGGAGUGCACAGCCCGCUCCAUCCAGCGAGAGACUUGGUUAUCUUCCCGCAGCUCCCAAAGAAGGAUGUCCCUGACAGUGACAGUUACAGCAGCAAAAUCCGUAUCUUCUAUGAGAUCCUCUCUAAAGAAAGUGUUGAUGGGCUGUCCUACUUCGCGGUCUCAUUGGAUUAUUGUGUCAAUGAAGAGAAAGCUACAACGUGUGUAUAUAGGCUGCAAGAUAAUGCCUGGAGAAUGCAAACUUCAGCUACAACACAGAUUUCCGGAUUGCAAGGGUCGUCGUUGAAGCAAUUGAGCAUUUUCCUUGCUGAAGAUAAAAUCUACAUGGGGAUUACUAUGCACAACAUUCUUGUUUUGGAUUUGACAUCCUCAACCUUCUCCACAAUCAAGUUCCCUGACAAGAUGUCAUUUGAUGGACAAAUCAUAUUGUCUCGGGCCAAUGGCGCUGGGAUUUAUCUUAGCCAUGUCAAGGACCUCCAACUUUGCAUCUGGCUGCACAUGGAUUGCAAUGGCAGCAUAGGAGACUGGUUGCUGGUUGAUACCAUUUCUUUGCAUGAUUUGUGUGCUAAUCUGAAAAUAUCGAAUAGCAGCACCACUGAAGAUGGGGAUGACCCUGAUAAUGGGGAUGACCUUGAUGCUUAUGUACAUAUGGUGGGGGGCAAUGCAGAGUAUGUAUUCCUGGAGAUGGAUCGAUAUAUUCUCUAUUUGGAUGUUAGGAGCAGGGCACUGCACAAGGUGCACACCGUGACAGAAAAGAAUACAUUGAUUUCUUUUAUUCAUCCCUUUAUGAUGACCUGGCCUCCUGUAUUUCCUGCACUGCAAGAAUGAUUGCACGAGUCAUUAUUGCGGCCUCCUUCGUUUCCCGUGCAUGCAAAAAUCGCCGCACAGUCAUUAAUGUGGCCUUUUCGUUUCCAGCGGAUGCAAAAAUCACCUAAAAAAUGAAUGAGCGAGGAAUCGAACCACGCCUGCUCGCCUAAGAGGGACCUCGGUAACCAACAGGGUUCAGAUGGAUAUUUGUUUAAUGGAUAGCCAAUAUGCUAUUUAAUAAAGGCAAACAGGAAAAAAUAGACCCUAAUUAAUCACUCCUUGGUAUCCUAAAUCAUGUCCAAAACGAACUUAUUUUUGGGAUGGAGGGAGUAUUAUUAUACUGCUAAUUGGCAGGUGAGCAACAAAUGAAUAGUACAGGAAAGAAAAAAAAUUCUGGAGAUCUAUAAUAUCAACAAUACGAAUUACGACAUUCACAUUGUUUUCUCCCAGUAUUUUCAGACAUAUAAGUUACUCAAGGCUUUCAAUGUUUUUCCAUCAUAGCAGUUAAUCAAAGCUGAUAAAGAGCUAUAUUGCAUGGUAAAUGACGAGAGGCAUAACUCGUGUUAGUUGAGGUCGCGCACUUGCAACAUGCAAUUUAGUUUGUGAAAAUUCAUGGAUAUAGUGUGGAUUGAGGUAGUAGUGAUAUAGCUUACCAAAGCCUGUUAUAUUUCACACUUCACAGUAAGUUACCAUAGAUGAAGUUGUGCAGAUUUUUGUAUUAUUCACUUAUUCAGUAUAUAUGAUACUGACCAAAGGCUACGGCGAUCCAUGGAAAAGAACAAACUGCGUUGUUUUCUAAUCACAGAUUGCAGUAUUUGCGAUGCUAAUUUUUUGCCGCUAGCUAAAAGUGACUUUCUGCCAACUUUUGUCUUCCUUCUUGAUCACAUGGGACCAAGUUCACUAGCUCAUUGGCUCUUGUCUAGCUCAUAGUUAUGUCCUUAAGUUGUUGCUGGAGUUUUCAUAUGCUCAUUCAGUCAUUCUCCACAUGGUGUGCCUGUUUUGGAAUUUGUUGUGUAAGAACUAUAUUUACCUGAUGUUCUCAUGUUAAUUAUUGUUGAAUGGAAAUGCCAUAUAUGAGAACGGAGAUUUUUAAGAAUUAAGAUUGAAAUUGAUAGGGAACAAAUAUGAUGUUCAAUUCUCUGCAAUGUAUCAACGGUUUGACAUUGCUAAUCACAAUUUGCUAUUAUAAGAAUGUAAUCCUUUUCAUCUUGAAGUAAUAUUAUGAUGGUUGUUAAGGUAGAUAUUCUACUAACAUUUGCAUGC